AUGUGGACGAUCAAGCUUUCGGCUUCGAAUUCUCGAGAGCUCAUGGGGAUCCGAGCAAUUCCUACUUUUCAGAUCAUCGUCGACGGGGUCAAAGUGGCCGAGUUGGUCGGCGCUGAUCAGCAAAAGCUUCGUACCUGGUUGCCCGAACACUUCGGAGGUAAGUAA